CCAAUGAGCUCGGACGGCAGGGGAAGGAGGGAAGGAAAAAUUGUCUGAGAACACCUUCCGGAUCACCCGGAAGUGACUCUCCGAGGACUGGUUGCCAUAGCUGCGCCUGGGCGCGCUGCUGGACUGAGGUAAGAUGGCGGUGACCGGCUGGUUGGAGAGUGUGCGGGCUGCGGAGAAGACGGCGCUGCUGCAGGACGGGAGAAGAAAGGUGCACUACUUGUUCCCAGACGGGAAAGAAAUGGCUGAAGAAUACGAUGAGAUGACGAGUGAGCUCCUAGUGAGAAAAUGGCGGGUGAAGAAUGCCCUCGGGGCUUUGGGCCCAUGGCAGCUUGAAGUGGGAGAGCCAGCACCCUCGGGAGCAGGGAGCCUGGGGCCUGAACUCAUCAAGGAAAGCAAUGCCAAUCCCCUCUUCCUGCGCAAGGACACCAAGAUGAGUUUCCAGUGGCGGAUUCGGAACCUCCCCUAUCCUAAGGAUGUCUACAGAGUCUGUGUGGACCCGAAGGAACGCUGCAUCAUUGUCAGAACAACCAACAAAAAGUACUACAAGAAGUUCUCCAUUCCUGACCUUGACAGACACCAGCUCCCCCUGGAUGAGGCCUCUCUGAGCGUUGCUCAUGCCAACUGUACCCUGAUCAUCUCUUAUCAGAAGCCAAAGGAGGUUGUGGCAGCUGAGUCAGAACUACAGAAGGAGCUCAAGAAGGUUCCAGGAGGGGUAGGAAGGAGACAUGCUUGGGUUUUGCCCAGCAUACACAGCCCUGCACUUGAUCUGUCUCUCCUCACUGUCCAGCCAGUAAAGAACCAUAUCUGAACAAUCAAGUUUUAUUUUCUACAAAAUUGGACAUUUGGUAGCGUGUCUCCAUAGCCCACCUCAAUGACUCACUCAGAAUUGCUGGAUUCCUUUGGUCUUUUCUAGGUGCCAGGAAUAAAAACCUGUAUACCCC